AUGAAGUAUCUCGAUCUUGGUCCCGAGGACUCGAUGCUGGUGAUCACAUCAGCAGGUGGCAAUGCUUUGCAUUACGCUAUAGCAGCACACGCCAAGAGAAUUCAUUGUGUGGAUAUGAAUCAUUGUCAAGGUCAUUUAUUAGAGUUGAAACUGGCAGCCGUACAAACCCUCGAGUACGAAGACUUCUUUUCCAUGUUCGGUAAUGGACAUCAUCCCAAAUUCCAUGCGCUUCUUGACUCCAAGAUCGCUCCCCUUCUCUCUUCCAUCGCCUAUCAAUUUUGGCACAUCAACGAUGAUGCUUUCUCCAAAGCCUUCUAUUUGAAAGGAUACAGCGGCUGGGCACUAUGGCUCGCCAGAAUCGUCUUUUCAAUCGCCGGAGUAUCGAAAGAUGUUGAAGCUUUGUGCAAUGCGGGCAGUAUGGCUCAGCAAGAGCAGAUCUGGCGCGAAAAGCUAAGACCCGCCCUCUUGAACCCCAUCGUCAUUGCCUUGCUCAAGAGCGCGAUAUUCUGCUGGAACGCACUGGGAGUGCCCCUCAACCAGCGCCGCAUGGUCUCGGUCGAAGGGUCUAUGUAUGAGUUCAUAAGAGAUGCCCGAAACCCUUUACCAUCAACGUAUUCCUUCAAGGAUGGCGCAUACUUCUACCCAUUGACACUUCUUGGGCACUACACACCAUUUUCCUGCCCAGAAUAUCUGACAUGCUCCGGAUUUGAGGCUCUCAAAGCUAAUAGCGGCAAAGCUACCGAUGCGUUUAGACUGCACACUGAUUCGAUAUAUAAGUAA